UGGGUAGCCUUGCAGUGUUUAUCACCAAAUUGCCAGAACAAUUUGAAAAUUUUCUGUGAACACAUUCAGUGAACACUUAAAUGCAGAAACCUAGCCCAAUUUAUCAAUAUCUAGCUGCGGUAGUUGUUGGACUAUUAAAAUUGAGCGAUGGCAUGCUCAUCGGCUGGGUCUCACCGAAUUUGAUUCUGCUUAAGUCCAACAACACAAUAUUGCCUGCACCAUUGACCGAAGAUGAAGCUUCGUGGUUACCGACAGUAAUGCCAAUUGGCGCUCUCGCAGGCAUUUUAGUGUACGGUUUUGUGACAAAAUUGUAUGGUCGGAAAAUUCCCCAACUCCUGUUGUCCAUUCCUGCGAUUAUCGGCUGGUUUCUCUGCUGCUUCGCACGAGAAGUCUCGCACUUGUACUUGUCCAGAUUUUUUCUUGGUUUUGCGAUCGGAGGAAAUUAUGUGGUCGCACCGGUUUACUUGGUUGAAAUAGCCGACGAUCGGAUACGUGGCAUUCUGGGCGCGACUAUCAUGGUGAAUGAGAAUACUGGCGUGCUGUUGGGAUUCGCAAUUGGUGGAUUUUGUGAUUACAAAGUUCUGCCGGCGGUUGGAAUUACUUUGAACUUGUUAUUCGUUAUCUUGUUCGUCUGGUUUCCAGAAUCGCCAGCUUUUCUUGUGAGCCAGGACAAGAUACUGGCAGCAGAAAAAUCGAUUCGCUUCUAUCGGAAUCUGCACAUCGACGACACGGCCGCUGUUGAAGAGACAAUGGAGCGUCUGAAACAGGCCGUUGGGGAGGCAGACGGAAAUGUUAAUACGAGUCGAUUGAGAAUCUCGGAUGUAACGACUAAACCGGGCAGUAGGGCUAUGCUAAUUGCGAUAGUUUUGGUUCUACUGAAUCAGGGCAGCGGCGUCUUUACCCUGAUGAACUAUUCGGCAGAAAUUUUUCAGGAAUCCGGAUCGUUUCUGUCGGAAAAUCUGUCGUCUGUAAUCGUACAAUCAAUUCAAGCGAUUGGAGCAUGUUUUGUCGCUUUUCUAAUCGAAAAAGGUGGUCGACGAUUUCUUUACAUCACAUCGACGUUGGGAUGUGGAUUUGGCUAUGCAGUUUUGGGUACGUACAUGUAUCUGUUAUCCGAAAAGCGCGACGUUGAGUCUUUCAACUGGGUUCCUUUGGCAAGCUUCUCAUUCAUUCUCUUCAUUUCUUCGUGGGCCGUCGCAUCGAUUACAUUUUCAGUGGCAGCCGAGCUUAUGCCAUUAAAAUUGAGGGAAAUCGGCGCAACCGUUUGUGCCGUUACGCUAUCGCUUUCGUCGUUUGCCAUAUUGAAAUUGUACCCGAUUAUGUUGAAAUGGAUUGGAGUGCAUGGUGCCAUGUUCAUUUUCGGCGGCAUCUGCGUUCUGGGUGCGAUAUUCGUAAUCUUUAUGCUACCCGAAAUAAAGGGUAAGAGCUACGAGGAGAUAAUGAAUGAUUUGCGUGGAAAACGGACGAAGAAAGUUGUGGUCGAAUAGGUGCCUCGAUAGGCGCUGGGUGCGAUGCGGUCAAUUUGUUGUGUAUUUCUUCCGAAAAUGCGAUUUCGUGUCAAUAAAAAUUUAACAAAG